AUGAAUUUAAAGAUCAGUUCGUGGCUGGACAACCAGAAUAGGCAGCCGUUUAUUGUGUAUGGUCCAGAUGGAAGCGGAAAAGAGAGCCUGCUGCGGCACUGCUUAGAAUCAGAUCCAGAAAGUCAGAUAGCCGUUCUUCACUGCAGCGCUCACACUAGGUCCGAGCAAGUUCUGGGUUUGCUGCAGCAGCACUGUGUACUUGUAAGCAGCACAUCUGGACGAUUGCUUAAGCCAAAGGAAAAAUCAAAGCUGGUGCUUUAUGUUAAAUCGCUCAAUGUUGUGAAACCGGAUAAAUGGGGUACCUGUGAGCUGAUUGCCUUUCUGCAACAACUUCUUACUUACGAGGGUUUUUACGACCAAAAUCUUGAAUGGAUUUCAUUGGAGAAUGUUCAGGUUCAUAUAACUGCUAAUCAUUAA